AGUCUGGGCAUGCUCUGGGGUGGGUACCAAAGCAAAGAACACUAGCUGCGCUUGGCCAGGCUGGCGGCGGUGGAAGGAGAGGCUGACACCCAUGUGCGUUCAUUGGGACAUUUAUGGACUUGGCAGCUCUCCCACAGCUCGGCGCUAAGACUAGAUGGAGGCAGGAUGGCGGGACCAUGGCCGGCAUCCGUGCUGCAGCACCUGCCACAGGAUUCCUGGCAGCUUUUGGGGAAGCAGUUUUGGAAGUGUUACAUUAGGCACAGCCUGCACCUACCUUCAGACCUUGGAUACCCCCCAUGUUGGCCCUGAGGUCAUCUGGUCCACCCUGUUUCCAGCCAAGGUCCCUCACAGAUGGAAUUUGGUGCACGCCAGACAUAUGCCAUGGCCUGGUCUUCCCUCCACCUCAGGAUCUUCCCUCCACCUCCGGAUACCUGGGAUGGCAGGUGCCUUGGAAGACUCACAGUAUACCGUCAAGUUCAGUGGCUCGCUGCGGCUGACGCUGACGGGGUUCCACACCUCGCACUGGUAGGCACCUGCCUCCUCCCUGCGGACGCCAUGCCGGGUCAGCAUCCUGCCAUCGGGGGACAUGCCCAAGCGGACGGCAACUGGCAGAGCGUCACCAUUGAAGAACCAGCGGACCUCAGCGGGGCUGGGGCUGCUACAGACGAGACGAAGGGUAUCCCUACGCUCCACCAGCGCAGUGUCGUUGGCCAUGACCGUGGGAGGGGCCAGGAUCUCUAUGGGCGGAGCGAGAGACAGAGGGGGAGGGGAGGGGCACCUCCUGUCCCCGGGCAAGAAGUACCACCAAGCUGUACUUCUGUACCCCCGAGCCAUAGUGACAAAGAAGGGCUUUGGAAGACAGUUAUCAUCCUGGAAGCCAGAAUGGAGAAGGUGAGCAUUUUUGUGUUGAUUUAGGCACCCCCACACCCAACUGUAAAAGCAUCUUUAAGAGCUGGCAAGAUGGUUCAGUGGGUAAAAGUGCUUGCCACCAAACCUGA